GUGUGUGUGUGUGUGUGUGUGUUUUCACUAAACUAUUUACUCUCAGUAAGUUUCAGCAGGUUGAACAGUGAGGGUGAGAGCAGCACCUGUGUGUCGCGCGCGGCUCGCGCUCUGUACCCGGAUGUUAAAGCUCGCGCUGGAUAAUUAAUUAAUAAAUAAUUAAAUAUAAAGAGGAGUUUAAUGUUUAAAGGAAGCGGCGCGUCACACUGAACAAACCGGAAGUGGAUUAAAUAAAAAAAAAGAAAAGAUGAGUUGAUGUGUGGAGACGGAGAGAAGACAGAGAACAGAGAGAAGGAUGGAGAGAACAGACGGCGCGAGCAUGGAGCAGCAGCAGCAGCAGGCGUGGGGGAAACUGGUGCGAGUCGGAGCGUCGUCAGAAUCAGCGCUCACUCUGUUACUCGUUAAUAAAGAGUGUACAGUGGGCCGGAGGAAAGGCUGUGAUUUGUCGUUUCCUGCCAAUAAACUGGUCUCAGGUGAUCACUGUAAAAUCACACAGAAUCAGGAGUCAGGACAGGUGUGGCUCGAGGACACCAGCACUAACGGGACGGUAAUAAACAUGUCCAAACUGGUGAAGAAACAGAGCCACUUACUGCAGAACGGUGACGUUAUCUACUUUGUGUACAGGAAGAGUGAACCAGAGCAGAACAUUGCUUAUGUGUAUCACUCGAUCACGUCCACACCCUCAGACUCUCAGGACACUGAAGAGUUAACGUGUUCGGAGCUGAUGGAGAGAAUCGAUCCGGAUGUCGAUCCCGCUCCAGUGGAACCUGUUACUCUCCCGUUCGUACCGCAGGAGAUGAGGAUCCGGCCCAGCUUCGAGGAGUCUCUGCCCUCUACUUCCUACAACAUCGCCAAGCCGACAACACACACUCACACACACACACUCACUGCAACAGGGUUUAGUGAUGUGCGAUCAGCGCAGUCCUCAGGGAAGCGUGCGGAUGGAGGGAGCGAGACGGACGAGUGUGUGCAGCCGGACAGGAAGAGACGGAAAACAGAUGAUCCGUACGUGGUUUAUUCCGCAGAGGGUGAAUCCGGCGCUCCAGCGGCUCCUCCUAAAUCAGGGAAAGACGGAGCAGGAGGAAGUAAAACGGAUAAAAUGGAGGAAUCUCUCACCUGCAUCAUCUGUCAGGAUCUGCUACACGACUGCGUCAGUCUGCAGCCCUGUAUGCACACGUUCUGUGCAGCGUGUUACUCCGGAUGGAUGGAGCGUUCCUCUCUCUGUCCCACCUGCCGCUGUCCGGUGGAGAGAAUCUGCAAAAACCACAUCCUCAACAACCUGGUGGAGGCGUACCUGCAGCAACACCCCGAGAAGUGCCGCAGUGAGGAGGACAUACGCAGCAUGGACGCUCGUAAUAAGAUCACGCAGGACAUGCUGCAGCCCAAAGUGGAGCGCUAUUUCUCCGAUGAAGAAGGAAGCUCUGAUUAUCUGUUCGAGCUCUCUGAUAACGACAGCGACACGUCUGAUCUCAGUCAGCCGUACAUGUGCAGGCAGUGUCCCGGAUAUAAAAAGGACUUUAGCCCCGCCCCCUGGUUCUGUGGCUCCACCAAUGAGACCGGGCCGACGCCUGGAGACGGACCGUCCACCUCCUCAGACACCUGCGCAGAAACUCAGGAGUUCACCUGUCCCCCUCAUGGCAGUCACCUGAUCUGUACCUGCUGUUUACAGCCAAUGCCUGAUCGGAGGGCGGAGCAUGUUGGCACAAACCCCUCCCCUCAGCAAUGUUUGGUGUGUCAGAGGCCGUUCUGUCACCUGUACUGGGGCUGCCAGCGAAUCGAGUGCCGGGGUUGCUUAGUGCGGUUCAGCGAUCUGAAUCUGACUGAUAAAUGUCUGGACGGCGUCCUCAACAACAAUCACUAUGAGUCUGAAAUCCUGCAGAAUUAUUUGAGCUCCAGAGGAAAGACGUGGAGGGAGAUGCUGCAGGAGGCGCUAGAGAGCACACAGCAAGGCCUCUUCCACCUUUCAGAUUACCGUAUCAAUGGGAACUCCUUCCUGUGUUACUGCUGUGGACUUCGCUUCUUUAAAGAGCUCGCAUAUGCGUACAGAGCUAACGUUCCUGCUGCUGAGCUACCAGCCGCAGUGACAGUGAGACCGGAUUGUUAUUGGGGUCGUAACUGCAGAACACAAAUCAAAGCUCACCACGCCAUGAAAUUUAACCACAUAUGUGAACAGACACGCUUUAAGAACUGAGGUUGUGUCCUGGAUGGUGAAGUCACAGCUCUGGAUUUAAUCUUUUUUUUCUCCUAAUUAAUAAUCUUGGUGUUUUACAAUAUGCAACUUCAAUCAGUUUUGGGGCGAGAAGAGUGACGUCGCUUCGUAAUCGAUAUAGUUUAGAUGUUAAUCUGCACUUUCUCAUCGUGUGUGUGAUCAGAAUUCAGUUUAAAAUCAGAUGAAGCGAGCAAUGAGAACCGUACCGUACUGUGACUGCGUGAAGACGGAGCUGCCAUUAAUCUGACACUUACGUAAACAUUGUGCCUAAUGAGCAUGUGCUGAUUUAAUAUAUAAUCACUUCAGUAUCGGUUAUGAUGAUCAUUAAUAUGCUAAUUAUCUUGUUUGCUUGUUUUCUCGUAUGAGAUUCGGCUUUGCUAUAUCGUUAUUUCUCACGAUGAUGAUAUUGUGCGUUAAAUAUCAUGCGUAAUGUGUAAUUAUCUCUCAGAAACUUGUUAACGGAUUCCAGUCUGAAUCUCGAGCUUCCACUGGAUUAGUUUUUUGCUGUAGCUUAGUAAUUCUGUGCACAUUUUUGUCCAUACUAUCGCUUGUUUUAGAUAAACUUCUCUCUCUCUCUCACACACACACACACACACACACACACACACACACACACACGAUUGCUGUCCGAUCUAUCCGAUCUAUCCUAUGCACGAGAAAAGGCUAAAACAGUCAGGUAUUUCUAACCCGCACUAACACACCGCUGCACAUUACUACUCAUCACCUCAAUCAGCUGCUGCUUUCACUUUUUCCUGCUCCGGAGAUGAAACCCGAAGCAGGUCGCCAUAUUUAAUCGUUAUUUCCUCUUUAAAUACGACCUGCGCUUCAUUAAGGGCUAUUAGGAGUCAAUAAUUAACCCACAUCUCUGUUUUGGACAGCUGUGUGUUCAUUAAAAAGCCAUUCUAAUCGAGAUUUUUGUGAUGAUGUACAGAGAUACGACAGAGGAGUCAGUAACAGUAACAGAGUGUCCUGAAUGUGCACUAUUGUUGUGUUUGGAGUAUAACUGGAGUAUAAUAGUAUUUGAUAAAUCAGCACAAUAUAAAAAUAACCACUAUAGAAAAGUAUUAUUAUUAUUAUUAUUAUUAUUAUUAUUAUUAUUAUUAUUACAGAUUCUGUGUUGUAGUGUUUGGGACGAAGCCUUAACGUAAAGUGGCAGAUCGUUUUCCACACCAUUGUACUCCACUUGUCUUCUAUUAUUAUUAUUAAUAUUAUUAUGAUUAUUAUUAUUGUUGUUGUUGUUGUUGUUAGUAAGUGCUUUAAUAGUAACUGUGGAUGGCCGCAGGAACAGCUACAACAAACAGAAAUAAACCUGCCAUGUGGUGUAGUAAGUAAUGUAGAGUAUACUGUAGAUAUAGUAUAGGAUAAUGUGAGAGAAUGUAGUAUAAUGCAGGAAGCUACGCAUGUGUUUUAGUAAUAAGGUGAGUAAUAAUUUAACAACAUACUGUACAAUUAUACUGUAUUAUUCCUAUACCACUUUAUUAUACAUCAUCCUAUUCUAUAAUACAGUAUAAUACAACGCUUUACUACAUCAUACAGGACUGUUACUGUCCCACAACAUAAUACUACACUCUUACUGUCCCAUAAUAUAAUACGAUACUGUUAUCAUACUGUACUAUAAUACUGUACUAUUACUGCACCCACAACACACUCUUACAUCGUACUGAACUAUUACUAUUCCGCAAACUAAUACGAUAUUGUUAUACUGCACUAUUACAGUCCCAAAACAUAAUACAGUACAAUGUUACAUCUUAUUAAACUAUUACUAUUCCUCGAUAUAAUACGAUACUGUCACAUCAUACUGCACUAUUACAAUCCGAAAUAACACGAUACACUGCAACAUUACAUCAUUCUACACUAUUACUAUUGAACAAUAUAAUACGAUACUGUCACGUCAUACUGCACUAUUACAAUCCAAAAACAUAAUACUGUACAAUGUUACAUCAUAUACUACGUUAUUACUAUUCCACGAUAUAAUAUGAAACUGUUAUGUCAUACUUUACUGUUAAUAUCGUAGUAACAACGUAGUACGAUGCUAUUACUAUCCCACAACCUAAUACGAUACUGUUAUCAUACUGUACUAUCCAUUACAGUCCCAAAACAUAAUACAGUACAAUAAUUACAUCUUAUUAAACUAUUACUAUUCCACGAUAUAAUACGAUACUGUCACGUCAUACUGCACUAUUACAAUCCGAAAUAACACGAUACACUGCAACGUUACAUCAUUCUACACUAUUACUAUUGAACAAUAUAAUACGAUACUGUCACAUCAUACGACACUAUUACAAUCCGAAAAAAACACAUAAUACAAUACUAUAUUACAUCAUACUACACUAUUACUAUCCUACAGUAUCAUAUUAUACUGUGCUUCGUGAUACUACACUAUUCCUAUGCCACAAUAUAAUGUGAUGUCAUGCUGUAUAACACACUUCCUGUUAGCCGCCAUCACCUAAGCCAUGCAUUCUGUUCGACUACACCAGCCUGGACCUUUCCGCAUAGUAUCCUGACAGGAAACAGGAAGCAGCUAUUUAAAUUUGUUCCUACACAAAUAGCACAGAUUUAUUUUCCGUCUGCUGUGGCAUGCCUGUAGCCAUCCAUGCUCAGAGUCUGUAGUGUUAAGUGUGGUGAGGAUGCCAGUUAUUAGUGGUUAUUUUUUUUAGUAAUUCUGGAUUUGCUUAAAGCUUCUUUAAAAAGUUAAUUUAAAUAACAUUUUGCUGAUGAUAAAUUGAGAAACUGUUGCGUUAUCAGUAAUACAAUCGUGACAGCACCCGUCAUUUUUAGCUACUUGACUGGUGUAAAUCAUUUUCAGCCUAAUUCUGACCUUUUCUUUUGCUCUUGUUGCACUUCGGAAGCCAGUAACGCUGUUUGCUUAUUCAGUAUUAAACCCUUUGAGGCCUUAUGCUUUCAGUCAUAAAAACACGACUGGAAUAUUAGUCUUUGUGUGUUUGUUUUGUGCUAUAGGCAGAAAUACAGAUCUGAAAUGUGACCUAUAGUGUAGUUUAUGACAUUUGCAAAUGUUAAGAAGAAUAAAAACACCCAGUACAUUAUUAGAGGCUUCCGUAACCCCUAGAAUAAACUUGAUACAUGAUCCACUAGUUUUGUCGCACUAUUUAGAAAAUUAAAACCUCCUUAUUUGGACAUUUUAGCUGGUAGUUUAAAUUAGUCAUUGUUUUAAAAUGUAAUAAAUUGGUUAAGUGUGCAUGAUGAUGGUUAAAGGACCCAAUGGGCAUCAAUUCAGGCCCAUUCAAGAUCCUUACUAAUCAGCUGCAUGGAUAUUAGGGAAGUGUUAAAGCAUCCAUUUGGGAUUUAAUGGAGCUAUGAAGGAAAAUCUUCACAUUAAAAUGACAUUUUAUUUUAACACUGAGGAGUUAAAAAAAAAAAGUCUUGCUCUCGUUCUACCUCAUCCAAGCUGGAGAAAUGGGUUGAAAGAGAAUAACUGUAAACUGUGCUUUGUGUGUUCAGUAAUUUUCUGAUUCUGUAAACUCACACUAUGUGAGUUAAAUGCCUUUUGGGCAUGUAGUGCCUCUGUGUAUUAGCAGUUGCUAAAAGACUAAUGUUCUGUAGAAAUCUUAAAAAAAUGUUUACUGCAGUAAUAAAAAUGCAUCAAUAAAAGUUAAUGUCUUUGUG